AUGGGUAUUCCAUACUUGACCAAACAUCUGCUUCCACACGCUGAAACGGUGUUCCUCGGCGGUGAUGUCGAAGUAGUCAUUGACGGGCCCAGUCUGGUAUACCACAUCCAUCGUCGACUUCUAGGUUGGAUGGACCCAAAUUGUGAUAUUUUGGACUAUCAACCUUCUUGCGAUGAAAUCAGUCGCGGAGUAGGGAACUUUUUGCUGGAGCUCACCCGGCUGCGUGUGAAAAUACACAAGAUAUGCUUUGAUGGAGCCUUACCUAUUCCCAAGCGAAAGGUACGCUUAGCUCGGAUAGAGAAAUCACGGCACCGACUGACUUUGGCUCGUCGGAAUCUACCACUCCCAGCUACAUCGCGGUAUCGCGAUGUCUUGUCGACUGAGCCCGGGCAGGUCUGGUGUCACCGCGGCUUGCCGCGUGGGAGAAGAGGACUUGCAGAGAACCCCUUCAUGGUCUCAGCUGUAUGCGAAGAUCUACAGCACCGAUGGAGUCGGGAUGCCAUCCAGAAAGAGAUCAACCCGGACAUCACCUGUCUCGGGGAGAGCGAGUAUCCCUGGGCAGACAUUACCGUGAUGAUGCCUGGGGAAGCAGACGUUGAGUGUGCUCGCGUGUCAAAAUUGACUGGCUGCGCAGUAUUGACCGAUGAUUCUGAUCUUCUGCUUCAUGAUCUUGGCUCAUCUGGCGCGGUGUUGUUCCUGGACUCUGUUCACUCGCCCACGCGCGUGUGGGACCCGAUCGAGCCACAGAUUCAAGGAUUGAGAAUAUGCCCCCAGGAUCUUUCACGUCGGUUGGGCAUCACAGAUAUUCGUCGUUUCGGGUUUGAAUUGACCAAGGAUCCUCACCUGCGGUUCGCAGACGCCAUCCGUCGUUCGAAGACCGAUUCCACCGAGACCUCAUCUGGUUAUUAUGACUUUCUUCGGGAAUAUCAGCACUCUACCGACCAAGAGUUGUCUUGUAGAUCCAAGCAGCUACCGCCAAUGGAUCCGAGGGUAUCUGAAUUAUACUGGCAAUAUGCGGUUCCCAACACCUACUGUUCCGAUGAUAGUCUGCAUGUGUACCUUGGGAUUCUGAACGAAGACCCCGGUAGACGGUGCGCCUGGGAACAAGGCCGAGCCUAUAGACGUCUCGGUUACUCUGCGCUCAACCUCUCCUUCAAGAGUCAAUUUAAGACCAUAAGUGAAUUUGUUCGCAGAGGCGGAAGGAUUGUGGCCGACCAAAUCGAGCUGGACGAGACAUCAAUCGCGUCAGACAUGGACCUCUUACGCCAACGUCUUAAACAAGUUCGGGAAAUCUUUGGCUCUGGCGGAGAGAGCUUUUGGUUCUUCUUUGCCCUUUACGAGAUCUAUGAAACAUCCAACACGGUACCUAGUGGUGAACAGCUGGAAAGUUUCCUCUCCAGCGGUUACUUGAAAGGAGGUACUGAUUGGGCAGACAUCCACCUACUGGCUCAAAUCCAGGCAAUCCUGUACUCACUUCGGAUGCUGCAACAGCUACUUCAUGUCGCAGCUCUGAACGACUGCAACCUAUCACUUUUGGACGAGUUACCCCCACUACACAUAAUGAUGUCGCGGCAAAGACUGGUCCAAAGCUUUGGAAAUACGGAGGUCUUGCGGCAUAUGGUGUCUCAACUGUUGAUCGCCUACAACACGUAA